UAAAGGAGACGCAACAAAGCCAAGAUGAGGUCCGCGGCUCCUGGUUCUCGCCUACAGCCCGGUUUACUAUCGCUUUAAGAACGUACUAAUACCGUGUCUGCUUCUUUAAAAGAUGCUUUUUGCAGAGUUCUAACUAAAGUUUCUGGAAAUAUACAAUAGAAAGCGCGAGAGGAAUCCGGGCGCGAGGAGGACGCGGUGCAAUAUGUUUGUGUGCACGAGCAAGGCCUUAAUCGAGCAAAGUGUUUUCUGGUUUUUUAUACCAUAUUUAUGAUUUCAUGUCCUGUCGGAUUAAUUACAGCUAUUAACCUGAGUGCAGUUCGGUUUUUUUUCGGGGGAUGAUGGAAGUGCAGCGUGUGGAGAAAAACGAGAAGCGCGAGAAAGAUGAAGCAGAGGAGGCCGCGCGCACAUCCCCGGACUCGAGUGUGACCCGCACGCCGCGCAGGGCGCUCCGGGGCCGGGGUGCGACUCGAGCGAACUCCGCCGCUCCGCCUCCUGCUUCAUCCCCGGACGCGAACGGAACCCAGAGCGCACCGGGAUCCGGCCGGGUGCUGCGCGACCGCUCCACGCGAUCCGUGCCUGUGUGGAGGAGGAGAGACCUGGGAGCCGAGCAGGAGGAGGAAGAGGAGGAGGAGGAUGAAGAGGGGGAAGAGGAGGAGGAAGCGGAAACUCGACGACGGAGGAGAGCAGCGUGUCCGCGGCGCAGGAGGAACGCAGAGGCGGCCAGAGACAGCAAAGCUCAGUGUGGAGACAGUAAGGACACAUCAGGCACUCGAGCAGGGAGCAGGCGAGCGCAGAGCCGCAGCAGAACAUCGUCGUCUCGGGGAGCUCGGGCAUCAGCGAGGGUCGUGUGUAAAAGCGAACCGGAGACAGAGACCACUUGUGCAGAGGAAAAUAAAUCGGCUGAGAAAAAGAUAAGCACUGAGAAGAAGAGUGAGGUAAAGAAGAUUGAGGUGCUGCAAGGAGAGAAGGAGCCUCCCUUCACAGACGACCCAAAAGACCAGACGUAUGAGCCUCAUGCGCAGAGCGAGGACAACGAGGGUGUCAGCAGUGAUGAGGACGUACCCUUUAAGGAUGACCUCAAUGACCAGAGCUACGACCCCAAAUCUGGGAGGGAGACUCAGAAGCCGAGACGCAGAGCGCCUUCACGGGCGAGAGAAAAGAAGGAAAAAGCGGGAGAGAAAGACAAAGAGACGGAGGUGAAGACUGAAGGAGUGGAGACGACGGACGUGAAGCAGGAGGCUGCAGAGGGAGCCGAGCCACCCAGGAAGAGAGGUCGCCGAAGAAAAGACGACAAAAGCCCUCGCCUUCCCAAGAGAAGGAAGAAGCCCCCGGUGCAGUAUGUGCGCUGUGAGAUGGAGGGAUGUGGAACAGUUCUUGCUCAUCCACGCUACCUUCAGCAUCACAUUAAAUAUCAGCACUUAAUGAAGAAGAAGUAUGUGUGUCCUCACCCGUCCUGCGGUCGUCUGUUCCGCCUUCAGAAACAGUUACUGCGCCACGCCAAACACCACACAGAUCAGAGGGACUACAUCUGUGAGUUCUGCGCACGUGCAUUCAAGAGUUCUCACAACCUCGCUGUUCACCGCAUGAUACACACUGGAGAGAAACCACUGCAAUGUGAGAUAUGCGGUUUUACCUGUCGCCAGAAAGCGUCUCUGAACUGGCACAUGAAGAAGCACGACGCUGACGCUUCCUACCAGUUCUCCUGCGCCAUCUGCGGCAAGAAGUUUGAGAAGAAGGACAGCGUGGUGGCUCACAAGGCCAAGAGUCACCCGGAGGUCCUGAUCGCAGAGGCUCUCGCUGCGAACGCCGGCGCCCUGGUCGGCACACCGGCUCCAACCACCACUCAGGUGACGCCAGUGGGCGUCAGCCCCGUCAUGCUGCUGGACCAGGAGCAGUCGCUGCACACCAUGCAGGUGCCCGUCUCUCUCACAAUGCCCUCUACGGACGAGGUGAAACGUGAAACAGAAGGGGGCGGAGUCUCUGCGGCAAACCCGGCUUCUUCUAGUCAGACGCUGCAUUUUCUCUCCGCCCCCGUGUCCCAGCAACAGCUCUCGGUUCAGGCUACUCCACAAAUCGUUCACAUGACCUUCACCACGCUCUCACAGCAGCUCCCCCUACUCUCCGUCACACAUCAGCUGCCCCCGAGUACGAGCUCCGCCCCUUCCGUCUCACUCCUCCCGCAGAUCACUUCUGUAGCUUUCACCGCAGAACCUACACCUCCUCAUCCUCCUCCUCCAACAUCUCCUCCACCUCAGGGUGACAGGAAAGAGGGUGGGGCAUUGUGGGAUGGUGGAACUGAGAACGUGGGUGGGGUUUGGGAAGCGGGCGGGGCCGGAGAAGUGCAGGUUGUCACGGACAGUUCGGACGGGACGAUCCAACACAGAAUGAUGUAGGAAAGAAAGACGGAAUCGCAGAGGAAGGAUGUGGAUGCUAGUUUUGGAAUUACACAACGGAGAUUCCCGGCUGUUUCUAUGGCAACCAAACAAUAGACAUGUGGAUACGCUGAAAGUAUGAUAGCUAAGAGAUAGCUAAAAGAUGUGGGCUAUAAAUAUAAAUUACACCAAACUAUUAAUAAUCAUCCAGUGCAAGGAAAGCUGGGAAACCCGAGUCUCACUGCCUCUGACUGUUGCGACAUGAAAUGCUGAGUCUGAGACGUUAAGUGUGUUGCCAUAAUUCCAACUAACGCUGUUGCUCCUCAUUCUCCUCUAUAGGACUUUUGAUCUAUUGUGUGUUCAUACUGAAGUGUGCUAGGUUUGUAGAUGUGUGUGUCUCACAAUGUUGUCUUGAUGGUUGUUUAUUGUUUUUGUUUUUUUGGUACGUGCACACUAAGUCUUUUUGUUAUGUUUAAUUUUCCAUGUGUCUGUCAGAGUUUCAUGCAUUAUAUUUUAGGAUCCUUUGAUUAAUUUUUAUUCUUCCUUCCUGUCUGUUUUUAAGUGACUCUCUGAAGACUGCUUAUAAUAACCUUAUAACGGGCCACUAAUAGACAUUAAAUGUUUGUUUAAUUGUACACCGUGGGGGUGGGGGGUAUUUAUUAAAUCCACAGGUUUCUCUUUAGCCGGGUUGGCUAAACUGCUAGCUAGAAGCUUUCCUUAGUUGUAACCAGCAUUAGCCUUUAGUUCCUCGUCGAUGGAGCGAAGCGCGGAAUCCUAGAAGAUAGAACAGGCUUGACCUUUUGGACUUUGUAGUUUGAAAGUUUUUUUUUCUACAAUACUAUUUUCAUCCUUGCAGAACUGAACAGCAAUCCAGUACUGAAGGUCACACGGCGCUGAGACUGUUUAAAUUUCAAAUCGUUUUAUGUGAUGUAGCAAAAAAAGAUUUCACGUUUUAUAAACCUCUCAGACUCACUAAUCAUAUCCAAAACAUGUCUGCACUCCUCUAACUGUGUGUGUGUGUGUAAACAGGAAGUAAAUAUCAUGCUUCUGUACAUCCUGCUAAUAAACACUGAAGAACAA